AUGUCCAAGCCUUUGCCUCAUCGUAGUUCUGUUUCUUCCACUACUUCGUCGCAUAACAACCAACAUUCCACGCAGUACGCCCAGUCCACCGCCCAGUCUCAGCAACCCCUCCAACGUCCUACCGUCCAGUCGUUCCUUGAUCGAGUCACUUCGCCAGGCACCGUCCUCUACCAGCAUUCGCGAGUCCCGCCUCCGGGCAAGACGUGGGCGCAGGAGACACUGAAGAACAAUCCGAAGGUCAUGGACAAUCGACGACAUCCCAGCUCAUUCCAGCAGCUCGAGAAGCUGGGCGAAGGCACCUAUGCCACCGUCUACAAGGGUCGCAACCGCCAGACCGGCGAGCUUGUUGCCCUCAAAGAGAUCCACCUUGAUUCCGAAGAAGGCACCCCUUCGACUGCCAUCCGCGAGAUCAGCCUUAUGAAGGAACUGAAGCACGAGAACAUUGUCACCCUCCACGAUGUUAUUCAUACGGAGAACAAGCUUAUGCUGGUUUUCGAGUAUAUGGACAAGGACCUCAAGAAGUUCAUGGACUCGCGCGGCGACCGUGGUCAGCUCGACCAUGUCACCAUCAAACGCUUCAUGCAGGAUCUGUUACGGGGCACGGCUUUCUGCCACGAGAACAGAGUGUUGCAUCGCGAUCUCAAGCCCCAGAAUCUGCUCAUCAGCAUCAAGGGUCAAUUGAAGUUGGCUGACUUCGGUUUGGCCAGAGCGUUUGGAAUCCCUGUGAAUACCUUUUCCAAUGAGGUUGUAACCCUCUGGUACCGCGCCCCCGAUGUUCUCCUGGGUUCAAGAACCUACAACACAAGCAUUGAUAUUUGGUCCGCUGGUUGUAUCAUGGCUGAGAUGUAUACCGGACGCCCACUAUUUCCCGGCACCACCAACGAAGACCAGCUCCAGAAAAUUUUCAGGCUCAUGGGUACCCCAUCCGAGCGAACCUGGCCCGGGAUUUCACAACUUCCCGAAUACAAAUCCAACUUUCCUUCGUACGCCACCCAACAACUGCACAUUCUGCUACCUCAGGUUGAUCAGCUGGGCUUGGACCUGCUAAGCAAGCUCUUGCAAUUACGCCCCGAGAAUCGAAUCAGUGCCCAAGAGGCGCUGUUACAUCCUUGGUUCAACGAUCUCAACAACUAUCAGGCUCAAGGUCGAGCUCAGGUAGGGCAACAGGUCCAGCAGACUCUGGGCCACGGUGGAAUGAGUAUGGGGGCGUAUGGCACACAACCAGGAAUGGUCCAGCCGGGGCAGUACUAG